UUUCGCUAGUCUGAAUCGGUCAAUCGCCCAGCAGAUUGCUGCCGCUGCUGCUAUAUAGUUAGCUGGAUAGCGGAUACGUUAAGACUGAAAGUUAAUCCAUAAUCUUUCAUUACAAAGCAUGUCAGUGGGGAUUGUGUGACAUGUUCUCUUCUGGUCGCGAUUGUUUCAAGAACGUGGCAUGUUUUGUUUGCAGCUUGGGUGCACGAAUUCCGCCCGCCACGAAAUCAGAGAACCGUGGCAUGUCAGGCUCUGGGUUUGAUGCAAACAAAACUGAUUUCGAAAUGGAUUAUGAUGAUGAUGUCUUUGUUGAAUCUGAUGUUGAAUUAGACGAAUCUGACACCGUGGCACCUGAUGAUGAUCCUCCACAAAAGAUGGGAAACCCUUCUGUUGAAGUUACAGAAGAAAAGCAGGAGGCUGCACAAAUGGAAAAAUUAAAAGCUGUGGAUGCAAUGUCAGAAGGUAAGCUGGAUGAAGCCAUAGAUCACCUAACAGAGGCAAUCAUGUUGAAUCCAUGUUCAGCGAUACUCUAUGCGACUAGAGCUAGUGUCUUUGUCAAAUUGAAGAAGCCAAAUGCUGCUAUUCGGGAUGCAGAGGCAGCUUUACAGAUUAACCCUGACUCAGCUAAAGGAUACAAAGCACGAGGGAUGGCAAGGGCCAUGCUGGGUAAGUGGGAGGCAGCAGCUGGUGAUCUGCAUGUAGCUUCAAAAUUAGAUCACGAUGAGGAAAUUAGCAUGAUGCUCAAGAAGGUUGAACCCAAUGCCCACAAAAUAGAGGAGCAUCGCAGAAAGUAUGAACGCUUGCUCAAAGAGAAGGAGCGAAAAAAGGCUGAACGUGAGCGGCGGUGCCAGCGCACUGCUGAAGAGUCGGAUGCUUUGACCGCUCUCAAGGAUGGGCAAGUAAUUGGCAUCCACUCUUGUGCUGAACUGGAAUCCAAAUUGAAUGCUGCUUCAAGAACAUCCCGCCUGGCCAUCCUUUACUUCACUGCUACCUGGUGUGGGCCCUGCCGCUUCAUUUCUCCUCUUUUUACUAGCCUAGCAGCAAAAUACCCGAAAGUGGUAUUCCUAAAAGUUGACAUUGAUGAGGCGAGGGAUGUGGCUGCGAGUUGGAAUAUCAGCAGUGUCCCUGCUUUCUUCUUCGUGAGAGAUGGCAAAGAGGUCGACAAAUUAGUUGGUGCUGAUAAGGGCGCCCUUGAGAGGAAGAUAGCGCAGCAUGGAGGCUGAUUAUAGGGAUGUGAAAAGUGAGAAACUUGGCCCUGUAACCUCGGUGUUUGCAACAUGGAAGGUAUACAUACUGGUUUUUUCCUGCUGUAGGGUGUGAGGCAUGUCAAAUUGUCUGGGUUUGGUGUAAUAAAUGACGUUGGCCGCUCAAAAA